AUUAGUAUUAUCCUUUUAGUGCAAUCCCAGUUGAAACUUUACGAAUUUUGGAAAUGGAUUGAGGAGGUAGAGGACAUAAGCCAAUCGACACGAUUACUAUCUUUCGAAAUAUGCAUGACAGCACGAUUUUCGACAAUGUUCUCCUUUGAAACUAUCAUUUUCUUACGGGAAUUAUAAUUGCUAAUGUUUUGAAUACAACUGAAAAUCUAGAGCAAUUAUCAUUAAUUUCAUGAGAGGACGGUAUUCAAUGCCAAACGCUAAAUACAAACAAAACUUCACAAAAGAGAACGAUACGAUUCGAUUCGAUUCUGUAGCAAAAGAACAUUACGAUGGUGCUUCAAAUUAUUCACUUUCUUGAGACAUUGUACAACACCGGAUUGUCUCAGAGAAGAGAACGCCGGCAACAUCGCCCUCCGGCAGACAAUUGCUCGGUUGGUGAAAACCUGAGCCACAUUAUGGCCUACCUAGGUUUAUGUGGUUUGCUAGAGAUUGCGAAGCGAACAAGAGGGACGAAGGCCAUCGCGGGGGGGAAAGAUCUUAGCGUUGCCGCAGAGAAAUUCUGGAAGGACAUGCUCCUGGUUUCCAUUUGGUGCGGGGACAACCCAAAGAGUUUCCGGGAACUCUUCCGGACCGCGAUUACCUUAUCGCCGAAGCAGAGGCACCACGGGCUAUGCUCCCUCUUUUACAAAGACAACGACGAUGACCACAACGACGACAAACUCCACCGUCGCAACACCAAGCAAUACGACGAGGACGACACCAACAUCACGCCAUUCGGAGAGGCGUGCUGGAAAUACGGGAGGAAGGAGACCAUACAGCUCAUCGAGAGCACCAUUGCGGACUCUUCGUCUCGGGAGACAACGACGAUGGAGACUGAGUGCACCCGGCGUGCGCUGAUCCUGGCCGCAACGAACGAAAACAUCAGCUUGGACGGCGUGUAUUUCUUGCUCCGAAGAGACCCGAAUCUGCUCCAUGGCUGUACUAUUCGUCGUCGUUCUGCAAAAUCCAUACCAUGCCGCUUAUCUGUUAUAGCACCAACACCGAAUUUCUUGGAGUGUGAACUAUAAUGAAAGCAUUUUUUUUCCUUAUCUACCAUUACUGUUUGAGGAUAGUGUUGGCUCGUAGUCUGUUUUGGCGAAUUGCAUUGUCUCUCGUUACAAUUCCUCGAUACCAGUAGGAAAGGUAACUAGUGAUCGCUGAUACUGUAAUCAUCAAUACCAGAUCGCAUCUAGGAUUGUGUUCCAUGAAAGUACCUAUUUGAUUGCUGUCAUGUACAACCAAUUAGAUUUUUCUAGAACGCAUUGUUGAGGCUGUGAGGUAGUACAGAUACCAGAAUCACGAGUAGCUAGUGAAAAACCUCACUCUUUAUUGUAGACCACAUACAUGUACACUAAGGAGCCUAUCAACAUUUCACAGGUUCAGAACCUUUUGCCACGUAUCUGUUUCGCGACAAGUGUGUUAAACAGAACGACACACUACCAGAGAAAUCAAAAAAUGAGACAUCACGCAUUCAUGUUACACUACAGAGCAUACUACAUUUCGAAAAAAAAAAUGAUGGUUCCAAAUCUUCGGCUUUUAAAUAAAAGGAUGUUUAACAG